GGCGCGCCGCUUCCGGUCCCCAGCGCCGGAGCGAAUGACUUCCCCCUCCGUGGGGCCAGGGUUGCCCAGGGUUGCCCAGGAUUGCGGAUCGCCCGGGCAAGGUCGCCAGCACCUGCCUCCCACCGGCGCAAGGGACUAUGGCCACCGACUCAUGGGCCCUAGCGGUGGACCAGCAGGAAGCGGCGGCUGAGUCGUUGAGCAACUUGCAUCUUAAGGACGAGAAAGUCAAACCAGAUGCCAAUGGCCUUUACAUUUCUAGUGUCUCAUAGAAUUUGAAUUGUCUCAGCUGUUGGGUAUGAGAUGUGAUUUUGAAUGAUGGCCACUUUGUGUCUGAUAAAGGUGCUGUUGUCAAGACCAAUGCAAAUGCAGAGAAGACAGAUGAAGAAGAGAAAGAGGACAGAGCUGCCCAGUCCUUACUCAACAAGCUGAUCAGAAGCAACCUUGUUGAUAACACCAACCAGGUGGAAGUCCUGCAGCGGGAUCCCAACUCCCCGCUAUACUCAGUGAAGUCCUUCGAGGAGCUUCGACUGAAACCACAGCUUCUCCAGGGAGUCUACGCCAUGGGCUUCAACCGUCCAUCCAAGAUACAAGAGAAUGCGUUGCCUUUGAUGCUUGCUGAGCCCCCACAGAACUUAAUUGCCCAGUCUCAGUCUGGUACUGGUAAAACAGCUGCCUUUGUGUUGGCCAUGCUCAGCCAAGUAGAACCUGCAAACAGAUACCCCCAGUGUCUGUGCCUUUCCCCAACUUAUGAGCUUGCCCUUCAAACGGGGAAAGUGAUUGAGCAGAUGGGCAAAUUUUACCCUGAACUGAAGCUAGCUUAUGCUGUUCGUGGCAAUAAAUUGGAAAGAGGUCAGAAGAUCAGUGAGCACAUUGUCAUUGGCACCCCUGGGACCGUUCUGGACUGGUGCUCCAAGCUCAAGUUCAUUGACCCCAAGAAGAUCAAGGUGUUUGUUCUGGAUGAGGCAGACGUGAUGAUAGCUACUCAGGGCCACCAAGACCAGAGCAUCCGCAUCCAGAGGAUGCUGCCCAGGAACUGCCAGAUGCUGCUUUUCUCUGCCACCUUCGAAGACUCUGUCUGGAAGUUUGCCCAGAAAGUGGUCCCAGACCCAAAUAUCAUCAAACUGAAGCGUGAGGAGGAGACAUUGGACACCAUCAAGCAGUAUUAUGUCCUGUGCAAUAACAGAGACGAGAAGUUCCAGGCCUUGUGUAACCUGUACGGAGCCAUCACCAUUGCUCAAGCCAUGAUCUUCUGCCAUACCCGCAAAACAGCGAGUUGGCUGGCAGCAGAGCUCUCAAAAGAAGGCCACCAGGUGGCUCUGCUGAGUGGCGAAAUGGUGGUGGAACAGAGGGCUGCAGUGAUUGAGCGCUUCCGAGAGGGCAAAGAGAAGGUUCUGGUCACCACCAACGUGUGUGCCCGCGGAAUCGAUGUCGAACAGGUGUCCGUCGUCAUCAACUUUGACCUGCCCGUGGACAAGGACGGGAACCCGGACAACGAGACCUACCUGCACCGGAUCGGGCGCACCGGCCGCUUUGGCAAGAGGGGCCUGGCAGUGAACAUGGUGGACAGCAAGCACAGCAUGAACAUCCUCAACAGGAUCCAGGAGCAUUUCAACAAGAAAAUAGAAAGAUUGGACACGGAUGAUUUGGACGAGAUUGAGAAAAUAGCCAACUGAGAAGCUCCAGCCGUCGCUGGUGCCCGCCCUUGGCGCUCCCCCUGCACGGGACACUAGUGCUCAUGGCCGAGCCUGGGCAGUCACCACAGAGACGAAGGAGGCACGGAUAGCGAGAAACUACCUACCUCAUUUAAAUUACGUUUGGACUUGGCAAAAAUUGUGCAAAUCAUGGGGGAAGGUAGACAAAAUUGUUUACACAACUUGUGAAGAUUAGGCGUGAAUACACAGAAAUUUACCUUUUGGAAAUUCCAUCUUUUUUUUUUUAAGCCAGUGGCUUUCCCAAUAUAAUGCUAAUCUAGAUGUAGCUAAUCACUUGCUCAGGAGCCUUUGUGGCCACCCCUGCCUGUCCUCUGCUUAGGACUGUUCUGGCCAGCCUCCAGCCCUUGUAGAAGUGACAGAAUAUAGGUGAAGAGGGAACAGAGAAAGAGAGAAAGACCCCAAGUGGAGUAGGUGCGUAAGCCAGUCAUCACAUUUGGAAUAUGGUGUGAGGCAGCAGAAGAGACCUGUGAGCUGCUGCUUUUGAUUGGGGUUGGGAAAGCUCAUAUGAAUGUUGUCAGCCCCCUCUGUCCUGAUGCCCAGGGCAGGAAGAGUCUGCUAAGCAUGGACCAAGGUGCCAACUUGGGAUCUUUGGUGUAUGCAAUCUGUGCUGCAAACCAUAACGUACUCUUUUCAGCAGGUGCAAUCUGUGUAGAAUGCACACCUGAUACCUGUUGGGUCCCUUGCUUCUUUCUGCUUGAGCAAAUCCGAGAAGUCACCAUGGAGAAUUAGUGGUUUUCCUAUCUUGCCAAAAAACCUGAUCUGGUGGGCACUCGUAUCUUUUUCACACCCCUAAUAUCACCUUGACCCCUUAGUAGCCCCAAGCAAAUAAAAGGUGAUCUGAGGUUUGGAUCCUUUUUGAAAAUUGUGGUUUCAAGUUGCUAAGGAUCAGUCUCAAGACAGCUCCAAAAGUGAUCAGCAGUAGUCACAAAUCCUUGCUUUAUUUCCAGAUCCUAGAAGGCAAGUUUUUAAUCAGCUGGAGAAUGAUUUCAGAAAUGUGGCCAUCUUGAUUAUAAAGCUAUUCUGAACAUCUGCAUUCACAGUGCCUGGAAUACAAACAGUUGCAACUAAGGGACAAGGUGGACUACAGCUAUUCCUCUUUCCAAGGCAAGAGCAGCUGCCAAGGCCUUCGCUCCAUCCUUACUUGGCAUCUUUGUACAAAAUAGAACAAAUAAUAGUAAUGGACUUUUCUCAUACCUGGCAGAGCUUUGGUACCCAGAGAGUGACAGAGCAAAGGUGAGAUAAAACCGAGUUGCAAGAGCAAGACGAAACCCCAGCCCAAAGGAAUCUUCUUCAGCUCUUUGAUAGGGAAGGGCCAGCUUAUCUACGACCAGGCCUGGAAGAGAGAUUUUCUGUGAUGAGAACUACUCUAAUCCCAGACUUUGUAGGCACAUCUGUUUUUUAGAGCUAAUUUGUCUCCUGGGAAGGGGAGGGGCUAAUGUCAGUCUCCAGUGGUUUCCAUGAUCUGACCUCACAGAUUACCAAUCCUGCCACAUCCCCCUGUAGGCACUUGACUGUUGUGUCUUGCUUGUAUAUCUGGCCAACUCUGACCCACCUUGGAAGUCUCUUAAGAAGAGAAGAAAUGUUAUACCUCCACCUGCCCUCUGCAAAGUCCUGUGGACCAGCUCUGAAAUAACUUAAAACAAAGGCAAUAAUUAAAGGAGUACAGACUGCUCCUGAGGCUGCAGGCCGGGUACAUCGCUGCCCUCUCAUAAUAUGUAUAUAUAACCUGUCUACUGAGUGGCUCUAAAUCUGAGCAGGGAAGCGGGAAGUGGUGUGCUUCAGACUCUUCAAUAGUAGGAAUAAAUGGGUGUCUGGUAGAAAUCUAGAUCAACAGUUCUUUAUAUGGGAGCUUGGGCCCCGAAGAAUUCAGUGGUCGGGUUUCAUGGAGUAUAUGGGAAGUACAUGCGGUGUUUUGAUUUUAAAUGCAUUUUCUUUGGGAGAAACUCCCCCAAACUAUGUGUCUUUUAAAAAAAUAAGUCACUGUAUGGAUGGCUCUGAAAUGUCCUCCCAUUGUCAUUGCAGUUCACAUUCCUUCACAGUCCAUACCUUUUCCUGCCAAUGCUCAGCUCCUACAGUGUAAUGGUCCACAGCUGCCUUUGUGACCUUGUGCCAUUUUGAGAUAUGAGUGAUGUAAAAAUGUACUGAGCCCUUGAAGAGCUUCAGUCCCUAAAGUUUCUUUUACUGUUUUUAUUAAGUUCCUAUGUAUAGGACAAUAAACUGUGCCCUAGAACAGAGAAACUCGCUUGAGAGAAGGAGAUUUUAGCCCAGAAGAAAAUUUUCAAUAUGUUCAUUAUCCAUAAACAAUGGAUUUUAUUGGUUUUUUUGAGUGUUUAUUGGCUGUAUGCAUAAGAACAAAUCAGCUGUUAAUGCAUUUUUUUAUUGAUUGUAAUUGGACUUAAUUAUGACGUGUUGUUCGUAGUACUAAGACAUCAGUUCUGAGUAUAAGAAGAAAACAGCAGCACCUUUUGGUUGCUGGUAUUGGUGAAGAUUUAUGUCAUAUUUCACAGACUAGUCAGCACCUGAUAUUCCACUUGAGAGUUGACAGUGCUCCAGCCUGAGCAGUUGGGAUGUUUCCAUCAGCCAAGAGCCCAGCUCCUUACAUCCCUCUUUCUCCUGCUGGUAAACCAGAGGAUGCUGGCUAACUAAUCAGAAAGAAGGUACAUGCCAGCAAUACAAGUCCUUACACUCUAUUUUCCAGUCCUAGGAAAGGAAUACAAAUAGGACAUGGAAAUGAGUCUUCUCCCUUUUUCGUUCUCAUCCCGUUUAUGAUUUAACAUGAAGGCUACUUCAUUCAAAGUGUCUUUGGCAUUCAGCAGGUAAAGAUUCCUGAGGUUAGAGAUGAUUUCAUGGAAGAAUGGAGCUUGCUUAUGAGAGAAAAGUGGGAUUCCGAGUGCCAAGGAGAGUGCCUGAGGCAGACAAGGCCCUAUUCAGACCAAAGCAACCUCACCAGGAUAAAUGCGGUACCCUGGAAGGGCACUGGGGAGCAGCUUCGCCACAGGGGCAGAGAAAAGUCUUACUAGAUUAAAAAAUGAAGAUUUGAUUAUUUCAACAGUAUUUGGAUUUAGCAAUAAAUUAUCAUGGCUUCUUAGAUUACAGGAAGUGAUAAAAUGGUUUUUUGGGAAAAAUGGUCUAGCAGAGAUAUAUAGGAUAUGGUGGAGCUGGAAAAAACUGGCAUCUGAGAAACCAUUUAGAAGAUUAUUGUAUCCGUCAUCACACAGCAAGUGCCAGGAUGUCAUUGGUCAUAUGGAGAAGACGAAGAAAAGGACUGGAAGGAUAGUGCAGAGGAGGGAUGGUAGGCUUUUAUACCUACUUACAGUUGUUAUUCCAAAAAAUCUGAGGUUCUUAAAAUUUAGACGUCAUUAUAUAAAAAUAAUUCUGGGAAGAAACCCAAAGGGAAGAUUUGGGAAGAACAGAUGACAUUAGGGUUGAGUCAUGAGUGAAUGACUCAUGAAUGAUGUCAGGCCCAUUGCCUUUGCAAGAAGGGCCCCUCUUCUUCACCAACACCCCCAAGCUA